UAAGAUGGGUUAUAAAUAUUAUAAGUCGGCUCUUAAAUUGAGUGAUCAGACAGUAAACUAGGAGACAAAUUUGAAAUUAUUAAUCAAACUGCGAUAGGCAAAAACCAAAAUCAAAGGCACGGGGGUGAAUCAGUGUAUGAUAAUCAGAUUUUUAAAUACAAGCGGGACAUUGAUCGACUUUUUAGAUGAAAGCAUGACAUUGGGUUUCCCGCCGGAACAUCUUACCCUCGAAACUCCUUAUUUUCAAAUUUUGGUGGCAAUUACAACUCGUGAACUUAUCAUCCAAACACAAACCUUUGUCAAAAUGAAUAAAAUAGCGCUUGAUCUUAUUAAAAUUCACAAAAAUGAAAUUGAAUUAGCAGGCUUUAUUUCAAACAGAACACAUCCCACUGAAUGAAGAUUAUGACAAUUAUAAACUACUGCUCAUGUACCAAGGCAUUGUUGUGAACUAAUAUAGGUUAUACAGUACUGUUUGAGUUACAGCAUGCUAUUUGUUGAGCAAGAGAAGAAAUAAUUAUAGAAUAGUGAAGUAUAAAAAUAUGUAUAUUUAUAUGAUAUAAAUAACUAAUUGUGUAAGGAUUUUUCUGAUUUUUUCUAGCAGCUGCUGGAGUUUAGACAGUUUCAGAGGUUAUAACUAAUGAGGCCCUAACAUUUGCAAAAUAGAGCAUACUUUUAAUGAUCUUGUUGCUAUGUAUUGAAAUAGGUAAUACACUUUGAGAGUAAAAUUCUAUUUCAAAAUUCAUUUAAGUUUUAUUUAAUCCUCUGAAAGUGUUUUCAAAUUACUGGGGGUUUUUUGUUUGCAUUUUAUGUUAAUAUUAAUUUGUUGUUAGUCAACACAGUUGUCACAAUUGAAAAUUCAGAGUAGAUAUUUGCUUUUAUUUUUAUUUUUAAAAUAUGAACGCAUUGGUCUUUAAAACACCAGUUAAGCACGCACUCAGAAAAGCUACAGGUGGAAAUUCCACUUUGAAAAUAAUAAGUUCUGCCUUGUUGCUAUAUAGUUACGCAUAGCAUUUAGUUGUUUCCCUUGGUUCAAAGGGAGUACAGUAUUUGGUUGCUGAACCAACCUUAAAAUAACACAAAUAAAGUAUGCUUUAAAAUUGGACAGGAAAAAAAAAAGACAACAGAAAUCUUUUUCUUUCAGAAAGGCUAUAAUGUGUAGUUUAAGCUGCGUUUCACUAGACAUGGCAAGAUACUUGGUCUGUUUUGUCUGUAAUAACCCUGAGAGAGUUGGGAAAAACCCACUUUUGUAAUUUGUAAAGAAUGGAGAAUGGUUCCUUAUGUUACCUGCAUCCUCUUAUCCACAUUGAAGGGGGAAAUAUAUAUGAGGAUAAUGCUUGUAGUAGAAUAAUUAUCAGGCUACAGCCAAACGGAGCUUUGAGCAUAUGUUAAUGAAGCAUGACCAUACAGGUCCAUCUAGUCUUGAGACAUAGCUAAUGAGUUUUAUCCUUACUUCCAAAAUGCAGAUGAAUGCUGACCAAGGUAUCAGGAGUGACCUUUCAGAAGGAAAUGAAAAUAGAUUACAAAUCAAUAAUAAUGAUAAAGAUCUACAAACACUCCAAGUAGUCAUGGCCAAUGUACCUUGUUCUUCUGAAACAUCUGUAAUUAUGGUCACCUCUUCUAGUCAAGCUUCAGUGGCUAGCGACAAGGUUGUUGAGAAUGUAAAUGUAAAUGCCAGCACCAGUGGAGAAGAACAGACUGAAGGAAGUGUUGCGAAGCACUCCAUAGUGGAGUCCUAUGUCAAGAUGAUCGUGUGUCGCAAGACCACAGUGAAAUUAGUUAAUGUCAGCACAGGAGAAGUACUGCAAACAUCCUGCAUGACAGAGGAAGACGAGCCUGUGGUAUUGCAAGUGGAUCGUGUGGAGAGUUCAGAGACCAUUGAUAGUGAGAAGUACAAGUCAAAUAAUAAUAAUAACACAUUAUCCGAAGGAUGUGCUCAGGUACUGAAGCCAUUGACAGGUCAAAAUGAGGAAAAACCCAUGACUAAAAGACCCGUUAGGAGACCAAGACUGAUAAAAGCAAAGGUUUCUGCUGUUAAUAAAGACAAUGACCUGGUCUUAUCAGAAGGAGAGAUGAAUUGUGACUCUAAGAGUUCAACACCAGAUAAAGAAGACUGUCUGGAACAUGACAGAGCAGGACAGGCAGAAAAAAAUCACAUAGUCUUAGAAAAUAGAAAUGAGGCAAAUUCAGUUGCUGAAUCUGAUUCCGCUCUUACAAGGAGCAUUGAAGCAGCAUCUUCAUUUAUCAAGAAAGAGACAUCAGUGAAGCUUAUGAGGCAAUCCAUCAUUACAACACGCAAACAAGCUGCUGCAGCUGCUGGCAGAGUGGCUCCGGCACCAUCAAUACUGCAUGAUCAGGCACCUGCCAGCAAUGUACAGCUUCCUAUAAAGCGAGGAAGGGGAAGACCUCCCAAGAGACCUCGCCUUGUAGAAUGUAAACCAGAACCCAAAGAAACUGAGGUGGAGAAUAAAGAACUACCAAAUGAACCAUCUGGAGCUGAAGUCAAAGAAAGAAAAGAAACAAAAGAUGAUUAUGUUGAUGAAGAAGGUGGUGGUGGUGGUGAAGAAGAGGGAAAUGAUGAUGAUGAUGAGGACUGGAGUAGUGAAAUGGAAAGAACACAAAAACAAGAUAAAAUAAGAAAGGCAACUGCUCAUUCAUGUGAGAACUGCAAAAAGCACUUUUCUUCUGUGGCUACUUAUUUGAAACACAUCAAGAGGAGGAAUUGUGAAGCUACCUUUUACUGCAAAAUGUGCACCAAAAUUUUCAGUUCCCAUGAUCAGCUGGACAGACAUAUGGAAGGUCACCGUGACCAAGCAGAAAAUGGCAAUUACCACUGUCGUGACUGCAACCGCAGAUAUGCAACUCGAGGUGGCUACAUGAAGCACAAGCGCCAGGGAACUUGCUUCAAGCGAGAUGAUUUUGAAGAUGGAGUCAAAGGAGAGUUUGAGUGUGAAAUCUGCAAGACACAUUUCCGAACUGAGUCAUUCCUCAGGCUGCACAAAUACAAGGUUCACGAGAACCCUGAUAAUGUGUAUGAGUGCCAUCAGUGUGGACGCAAGUUCUACAGUCGGCAAGGGUAUCUGAAGCACGAGGCAGCAAAGAGCUGUACCACACCAUUUACCUGUCCUGUUUGUGGGAAAACUUACUCAAACAAAGCCCGGGAGAGCUUCAAACUUCACAUGAAACACCACAGAGCAGAGGCUGAUGGCAUUCAAUUUCAAUGUGAGGAAUGUGGACGUACCUACCUCACAGAAGAGGCACUGAAAAAGCAUAGAAUAAAGCACACAGGUCUUAGGCCUUACAAGUGUAGUGUUUGUGACAAGACAUUUCCAAUGCGAUACAUGGUUAAGGAUCAUGAGAGGACACAUUCUGGGGACAAGCCGUUCUUGUGCAGCAUGUGUGGAUCAUCUUUCAGUAAUCGUGGGCAUCUCUACAGGCACAUCCGUUCACAUGAAUUUGGCACGCUUCACAAGCGAGGUCGUCCAAAAAAGAAUACUCUGAUUCAUUUGAGACUGCCAAGUAAUGAUGGUGGUGAUGGCACUGAAGGAAUUGUGGAUGAUGGCACCAUACGUGUGAUGGAGAUAAAAACAGACCCUACACAAGAUCAGCAUGACUUAGGUUCCUCCACUGUGAUGAGUCCUACCUACAUUACUGUGCACACAGCACCUGGGCAGGUUAUGCUGGACAGCCAGGUGGCACAAGAAAAACACAGGAAGUGACGAUGACUGAAGGGCAGUUGCAGCAUGUCGUCAUGCAGGCCGAAGGAAUGUCAGACCCCAUGGUCAUCCAGGUAAUCCGAGACUGGACUGGAUCUACCACUUACCACCAGGUUUCUGAAUCACAUGCAGUUGCAGAAACACAUGAAAUCUUGCAGACACAUAGGGUGGUACCUGCUGUAUCAAGUGCACAUCAUGUUACUGUAGAAGAGAAAGUCCUGACUCAUCAGCAGCCGCAGCAUCAUGUGGUGGUCACGGCAAGUCAGCAGCAGUCCCAUGCAUUGAUUGCAAAUCAGCCUGCCAACUACUAAACCUAUUUUUAGUACCAUCAUUGUUUGUGCAAUUACCAAUCAUCAGAUAGUUAAUUCCAUUUAUUGUAUAUUUGUUUUGUCAAAGCUUGAAUUUGUCAUGAGUUAUUAGUACAUUGCUAUUAAAACCUUCAUAAAUUCUAACCAUACUUUGUAAAGAUUAAGCCCCCAAUGGCCUGGCUCCUAGUGCUGGGGGUGGACACCUUUUUACAAGCCACAGAUAUUUUCUCCUGUAAAGGUUUUCAGAUAUUCUGAAAGGCCUCUGCAAAUGACUCACAUGCUGGCGAAGUAGCCCUUUAGUUCAUUCAGAAUUUCUCAUUACAACAAAAAGCACAGAGAAUAGCUUUUUGAUCUCCCACCCCUGAAAAUAUUCUUAAUUGCAAAUGCCUCUGGGCACAGGUGCGCCACAUCUGUAAACAUCAAAGAAGGAUCUCAUGGGAAUGUUUCGUUUCCUCGCUGACAAGCCGUGUUCCUUCCUGGUUGGUUUGGUCAACCAUAAAAAAACUUAAAGGAAAGAGUAGCAAUAGAGCGGUAGGAAUUACUUACAGAUCUUCAAGAAAUUGCGAAUUAGCUAGGAACUACUUUUGAAAUGACUGUACAUCUUCAUCACAAUAUUUUGCGGCUUUUCAACAUGUGAAAGCUUGCAAAGAAUCAACACAAUGCAACUUCCAGUCCAAUAACUUGGAAGCCAAAACACUGAUUUCUCGAUGUCUGAGCUUAAACAAGCACUUUCAAAGUGCUCUCACUCGGCCCCAGGACCAGACAGUAUUUCAUACCAAAUCGUAACUAAACUCCCAGACUCAGCAUUGAGGACAUUACUAGUGAUUUUCAAUCAUAUAUAGAGCUCAGGAAACUUUCCUAUGGCUUAGCAUGAGGCUAUAAUAGUCCUAAUACUUGCUUUCAUGUGUGCUACAAAACCCACAGAAAUUUCAUGACCUCUUUUUGCUUGAGCCUAUUCUGCUGACAAUUACAGAUGUUGUAAAUACUUUUCUUUUGUCUAGAACUCUGUACGUUAGUUAAGACCCCUUAAAGAACAACCUGAAUUCUGAAAUUUGACAAUCUCUCUAAUCUUACCAAUCUUAUUUUUUCACAGAGGAGAGUCAGUUUGUUCUGUACUGCCUGUCAUUGUUCGGGUAGGCAAAGCUGAUGUUCCUUUUGUACCUUGAGCUUUAGCUAACUUUAGGUUACAUAAUGUCUACUGACAUGUCCCUUAUUUCUAACAUCUCCUAUGUUGUGUAUUAUGAACUCCGGAAGAUGGGCUCCAUUUGCCAUAAUGCUCUGUCCAUCUCAACCAACAAAAUUCAAUCUGCUCAUUUGUUCUGUCUAAAGUAGACUAUUGCAUCUGCCUUCUUGCUGGCUGUCCACAGUACCUCGUUCAGAAAGUCCAGAACUCAGUUGCUCAUCUCAUUUUCCAGACUCAUAAAUCUGAACAUGUCACACCUCUUCUUCGCUCACUUUAUUGGCUACCAGUUAAAGCUAGAAUAGACUACAAGCUCCCAAUCCUAGGCUAUGGAUUUUUUGAAGGCUUCCACACAGACACACUACUUUACUGAAAUCUUGGCUGUCCACAUUCCUGCUCGAAACCUUCACUUCUCAUCAGACUUCCACAUUCUAUCCUCCCUCCCACAAAGACAGUCACAUACAGACAACGGACGUCCUCCCUCUGUGCUGCUAAACAGUGGAAUCCUCUCCCACAUCACAUUUGCCACUCUGACUCCAAGGCUACAUUCAAACGCUCUCUGAAAACAUAUUUGUCCACUAAGUACAAUCCCUAAAUAACUAUUCUUAACUCUUUUUGUACUGUUGUCUGUCAUGUGAACCAUUAUGUAACUACUCCAUCUCUACACUGUUUAUAGUACCUUUAUCCGUUGCAUUAUGUUCUACUCGUGUACUUCUUCUUUAUGUUGUUCAGUGUGCCUACACGUAUCUUAUGUUCACUGUCUGCUACCUAAUGUUCAUUUAUCAUCACUGAUGAGUGCAGAGGGUGUGACCUAUCUUGGUCAUGAUGCUGUGUUACAUAAGUAUGCAUAUGAUUAUUAUUAUUAAUCUCAAUCUAACUUCUCUCUUCUUUCCAAAAUUGAUGUAUUGUCCCGCAGCACAGCAGUUCAUAUAUCGUGUGGAUGCUAAUAAGCCUUAGCAGUGUAUUGCAAGUCCUGUAGCACUGAUGCAGCUUUGGUUUGAGUGAUUAAUGAUCUUCUGUAUCUGACCAUAGUCGUGUCCCAUUUUUAUCUCUUCUGCACUCACUUGUAACAGUGGUUCUCAAAGUAUUUCAGACCGUGGACUACUUUACUAAAGUAAAAAAUAUGGUAGACCACCAAGGCCUAAAAUCACUCUGUAUCAUGAAUUUCAGAUUUAAAUUGUUUCAUUACUAAAUGUACUUUUGUGACAGUAGUAAAGUAAUAAGUCUACAUAAAAUUAUAUACUUUGCAAAGGAGGCAUAAACAUUAAAAAUAAGGAAGUGCACUGUGUUAAUAAGGGGUAACAGAUGAUGUUAUUAAAGAGUGACAAUGCUCGCAUUGUGACAUAAAGACUUUGUUGAUAAGCAAGCAGUUGGACAUCAAUAAAAAUUAAAACUCAUGUGAAAUCAAUGCUGGACUAAUUGGCGUAUCUAGCGAUUUAAGCGUCACUUUGCUGAUAUGAUGACUGUCAGCCAUGGACUACCUGACUCAUGUGUAUGGCCCACAAAUGAUCCGUAAACCACACUUUGAGAACCACUGAUUUAUAAUGUUCAGUACCAUCACUUUCAUUCACUUUUAGGAUUUGGGAACUGUGAAGUUUUCCUGACCACCUAUCUUAUUAACAAGUAUAAAUCAUCAUAGGCACAUGCCUAUAAUAAUAAUAAUAAAAAAACCAAGACCAAAGUUCUACUAUUUUUCCUCUAGCAAGCAAUCUUUUUGAAGUUUUUGGAUCUAUAGUUUGGAAAUCCAUGCUAGUGCUUCUAAGGCAUACACAGACAUAUGAAACCUUGAGAAAACAUUUUAAACCCCAUCCUUUCCGGAAAUACUUAACAAAUUUCAAGAGCCCUCAACAAAGAUGAAUGGAUUUCAUUUCUUAACAUAAAAAUCGUACUUUAUCUGAAGUAUAAGCAUUAAUGGCAAAAACAUUGUUGGUAAUACUGCUGAAACAGUUUUGAAGUUCAAGAUAAACAUCAAGUGCCUGACAUUGAAAGGGACAGUCAGAAAUGGAAGAUAAAGAGACCAAAGACUAUCUGUUUAAACAACUAGGUGAACAUUCUAUAAAGAAUAAAGGGGGCAAAAAUGGAGCAUUCAAAUAAAUCAUAAUUGAAAAGCUAGCAACUGCUAAACAAGCUGUUCUUGUUACAAACUGUAAAAAUUUAAUUCACUAUUUUAAUAAUCUUUAAUUAAUAGAAGCAUUCAUUUGCUGAACAGCUGGACAUACUUAUACUUCAGAGCCAAAUAGGUAGGAUAUUAGCAAUAUUUUAAGGAGCAUGCUGUAGUAGGUACAUUGAUAUUUCAUUGCAUAUAUGCAUAUAUAUAUUAAAGACUUUGGGACUAUGAAAAAUCAGUGUAGAAUGGGGUGGGUUUACAAAAAAAAAAAAAAUUAUAUGCAAGCAGAAUGUACAUUUCACAUCUGUUAAGCAGGAGCUAUACUACAAGGACUAGUAUGGCUGGACUGGUAUCAGUCAAUGAAUGAAUAAUAAACACAAAGCACAGAUCUAAACAAUCCAUAGAUGGAUACCACAGUAGGUCCAAAAAUGCCAAGAGAAGUGUCAAACCUCUUGCCCAUUAGGCAAGGAGAUAUAACUUUUUAUUAUAUUAUCUAACAUGGAUUCCUCAAAGAUUCAUGUGUAUAGGUGCGUUGCUGUCUGUCUGCCAAGACCAAGGCUUAGCCCCUUGCAAAGUUCUCCUCUGUCAGUAUUGACGAGCCUAAACAAUGAAUGUGACUAAACCGGAAGCUUUGUAUAAACCUGCCUCGUUUCAGUAGUUAAUCUGAAAUGUGAAUAAACCGAAAGCUUGAUA